AUGGCGAUGACGAUGACCGGCCGUGUGCUGCUGGUGUGUGCCCUCUGCGUGCUGUGGUGCGUUGCCGGCGGUGUUUAUGCGAGGGACGUUGACACCAACGCACUGGGUGGCUGCAUGGCGUCGGGAGUGUUGGGUGAGAAUGGAUUCCACAUGCCUGACGGAUGUAAUGAAACUGCGAUUACGGUGCCUUUGCGGUCAGUACUGCCCAUUACUGUUGUCGAAGCCUCGGCUGGAAAAGGUGGUUCUGCUGGUGCUACUGGUGCUUCUGGUGGACCUGGUCCUGGUGAUGCUGGAGGUUCUGGUGGUACACAGAAGAAUUCGAAUUCAAGUGAGACUUCCGACGCUGGUGUUCCUCGUGGUGGAGAUUCUGAUGGUGGUUCUGCUGCUGGUGAAAAAGGCGGUUCUGGUGGUGGUGGCAGUGGAACUUCUACUGAUGGUCAUGGCACCGGCAGCGUUUCUUCUGGUCUUUCUGCUGUUCCCGCUCCUGCUCCUGCUGCUCCUCCUUCCGCUCCUGGUCAUUCUGGUGGUCCUUCCGCCCCUACUGAUGCUCCUGGUGUUGACCCUUCAGCUGGCAGCAGUGGUGGUACAGCGGUGCCCCCAGGCAGUAAUCCAUCUAACACAACAGGGGUCUCUUCAACAGGAGAUCAGUCGUCUGCUGCAGAGGCUAACGACACCUCGCCAGCCGAAGGACCGACAGGAACGACAUCCGGCACUGGACAUACACGACAAGAAGAAGAAGAGGAAGAGGAAAAUGAGCGGCAGCAAAGUGAUGAAGCACAAGUCCAACAACAACAACAGCAUGAACACCCCGCGGAAAGUGGCGAAGAAUCCGCGAAAAAUAAAAGCGCCCUUCGUACAAAUGCCACCGCAAAUACAGGCGACAGUGACGGCAGCACCGCGGUCUCCCACGCCACCUCCCCUCUUUUGCCUCUUGUUGUUGUUGCGUGUGCGGCUGCUGCUGCGGUGGUGGCCGCGUGA